AUGAGAAAAUCCCCGAAUGUGAUCAUCACCGGCACGCCGGGCGUUGGAAAGACCGUGCAUUGCGAACAGCUCGCUCAAGAAACCGGAUUGCGGCAUCUGUCGAUUAACCAGGUCGCCAAGGACAGAGAAUGCUACGAUGGAUAUGAUGAAGAGCGCAAAAGUUGGAUUGUGGAUGAGGAUAAGCUUCUCGAUGCGAUCGAGGAUGAGGUGCUCCAGGGUGGAUAUCUAAUAGAUUGGCAUGCGUGCGAUCUCUUCCCCAAGUCGUGGAUUGACCUUGUGGUCGUUUUGCGGUGUCCUUCUACUUCUAUUUUCCACGAUCGUCUCUCUGCAAGAGGAUACGGAGACGACAAGCUACAAGAGAACCUGGACGCUGAAAUAUUCGGACUACUCCUGGAGGAAGCCAGAGAAGCUUACGAUGAGGAGAUUGUCGUCGAACUGACAAGCGAGAAGGACGACGACGUUGACAGUAAUUGCGCAAGGAUAGUUGCAUGGCUAGAAGCUUGGAAGGCGUCGCGGGCAGAGAAUGCGGAUUGA